GCCGGCUUUUGUACAACAGAUUCAGUCGUAGAUUGAAUCCUUCCUCAUCUCAGGUAAUAUACCAGGAACAUGGAACUCGUUUCAACACUGCGCAACAAAGCAAUCAAAAGGCCCCUGCAGAUCACUUCCAGGUCUCGCCCCUUCCAUUCCCACCAAUCCGCGUGUCAACACUUCCAGUGAUAAGCAUUUUUCCCUUUGAGGGCAUCGUGGCCAUUUCUUUGGUUCACAAUUUUUUUGAUUUUCUUUCUUUUCUUUUUUCCCUUCAUGUUUUUCUUCUCUUUCCUCACUCUCUCCGUUUUGCGAUUGAUUCUCCAGUGCAUUCUUGAUCCUAUGGCCUCAUAAUCGCUAUUGUCAUCUUUUCUACCCUAAUCACUUCCAAUUCCCAAGCUAAUUUCCGGGCCUCUUUCUUUUUGUUUUCCUUCUUCACCUCGCACUACCUACUGUGGUUAACCUCGCUUUACUUAUUUUUUUCAUGUAACCCAUACCGCUUAAAAGUUCUCCCUUAUAAUUACCAUCGACACGUAAUCACCCACUUCUGACCGUCUUUCCUCUCGGGAACCUCUCUAUCAAUCAAUACAUAUCAUCUAGUCGAUUUGACAACUAAAUGUUAUGAGAUGAGACUAUCUAUCCGUGUUGGUUCGGCCGCACUUGUGAUCCUCGCCAUCUUCCUGAUCAAGCGCCAUCUUGACUCGAUACAGGAUGAUUCGCGUGUUUCGCUGUCGUCCUUCUGGCGCUUCGGCAGCAGCCCAGCCGCUUCCGACAGCAACAAUCAGGAUAUAGAGAAAUCAUUUGCGGAGUCGGAUGUUAUCUCCCCUCAGACUUAUGAGACCACCCCGAUUAUCGUCCCCAACGAUCGAGCGCUUGUGAUGGCGAAAUUGGCCUCGGAGGAUACAUCGUGGGUCGCUAAUGAUUUAAAUGAAUGGCGGAACGUCAUCUAUACAGUUGAUGAUUUGAAUGCGGCUCGUCAUACGCCGAUCAAUAAAGGACGCGAAAGUCUAGCGUACCUCCAGUAUAUUAUCGAGCAUUAUCAUGACCUCCCUUCGCUCAUCGUCUUCAUCCACAGCCACAAAGACGGCUGGCCCGGUGCGUGGCACACCGACAACAUGGAAUACAGUAACGUCGUGGCGAUCCGUAACCUCCAGGCCGACUUUGUUCAGCGAAAUGGCUACGCCAACCUCCGAUGCCAGGAAACACCGGGAUGUCCAGAAGAGCUACGGCCCUUACGGAACCCUCCUCGCCCUGGACAGACCACGGAGGCAGCUUACGCGCAGGCCUGGAAGGAGCUUUUCAACAAUACCGAGGUUCCCGAAGUCGUUGGCGCACCAUGUUGCUCGCAGUUCGCGGUCUCGCGCGACCAAGUCUUGAAGCGCCCGUUUGAAGAGUACAUGCAGUAUUAUAAUUGGGUUUUGACCAACGAUUUGCCGGAUGAUGUCACCUCGCGAGUGAUGGAGUAUUCCUGGCAUAUCAUCUUUGGCAAGGAUCCGGUGUACUGUCCCGAUUCGCUGCAGUGUUAUGCGGACGUCUAUGGAAACCCAUACUUCUGGUAGCUUUUGUAUAUAAUACCCCCUCCUUUAUUUUUUCUCCGCUUGCGUCUCGUCACGAUAUAUUGUAUUUUCUUUAUUCUCCCACUUUUAUUUUUUAUUUUAUUUUAUUUUUUUUUAACGGUA